GCGUCGCCGUCUGUCAUUUUGCUGUCAAUUUUUAAUUGUAAAGUCAUUCGGUGUCUCAGUUGAUUUUUAAAUAAGAGUAGAAAUGUUUGGUCCGACUGGAAAUCCACCUCCGUUCUGGCACAAUGGCCCAACUCCUGGUGGUCUGUACAAUUUUCCAGGCCCUAAAGCUGUCCCUAGUGACUUUAGACAACAUUCACAGGCUCCUGUCACCACUGCGACAUCCAUAGUAGCCAUGCAAUACAACAAGGGGGUUAUAAUUGCAGGCGACCUUUUGGUUUCUUAUGGAUCUCUGGCGAGAUACAGAAAUUGUCCAAGAAUCAUGAAGGUUAAUGAUAAUAUAAUUUUGGGGGCAGGAGGCGAUUAUGCCGACUUUCAGUACGUCAAGGACAUAAUUGACCAAAAAAUUAUUGAUGAGGAUUGUUUAGAUGAUGGUUUCAAACUGAAACCAAAGUCUCUUUAUUGUUGGUUGACUAGAAUUAUGUAUAAUCGCAGGAGCAAAUUCGAUCCGUUCUGGAACAACUUUGUUGUGGGGGGACUCCAAGACGGGGAACCUUUCCUAGGAACUGUAGAUAAAUUAGGAACCGCUUACGCAGACAAAAUCGUGUGCUCUGGCUAUGGAGCAUACAUUGUAGUUCCGCUUUUAAGAGAUGCACUAGAGAAGAAUCCGGCUCCAAGCAAAGCCGAAGCCAGGGCUCUUGUGGAAAAAUGUAUGGAAGUUUUGUAUUACAGAGAUGCCAGGAGUUAUCCUAAAUAUCAAAUUGCAACAAUCGAUGAAACUGACGGUGCCGUUGUUGAUGACCUAGUGCAUGUGAAGCAAAAUUGGAGCUUAGCACAUAUGAUUUAUUAAUUAUUUUUUGUAAUUUUCUGAAAAUAAAAGAAUUGAAAUCUUAA